AUGACUUCAGAGGCGGACAAGUAUGAGGUGCUGGAGAAAAUCGGUCAUGGCUCCUUUGGAAUCAUCCGAAAGGUUCGGAGAAAGGCCGACAGCCUCGUCAUGUGCCGGAAGGAAAUCAGCUAUCUCAAGAUGUCGCAAAAGGAGCGCGAGCAGCUCCACGCCGAGUUCCAGAUCCUCUCGACCCUCCGCCACCAAAAUAUUGUCGGCUACUACCACCGCGAGCACCUCAAAUCCACUCAGGACCUCCACCUCUACAUGGAGUACUGCGGCAAUGGCGACCUGGGUCGCGUCAUCAGAGACCUGGCCGUAAAGGGACAGCGCGCGCAAGAGUCGUUCGUGUGGAGCAUCUUCUCGCAGCUGGUUACUGCGCUCUACAGAUGUCACUACGGCAUUGACCCUCCCGAAGUCGGCAGCAACGUGUUGGGUCUCUUCAGCACAGCUUCCAAGCCAAAGACGCCCCCCGGCACCAUGACGAUCCUGCAUCGCGACCUGAAGCCUGAGAAUGUCUUCCUGGGAGAGGACAACUCGGUGAAGCUUGGCGACUUCGGUCUGUCCAAAAUGAUUCAGUCCCACGACUUCGCCUCGACCUACGUCGGCACGCCCUUCUACAUGUCGCCCGAGAUCUGCGCCGCCGAGAAGUACACCCUAAAGUCCGACAUCUGGUCUCUGGGAUGCAUCAUCUACGAACUCUGCGCUCGCGAGCCCCCCUUCAACGCCAAGUCGCAUUUCCAGCUGGUCCAGAAGAUCAAGGAGGGCAAGGUGUCGCCCUUGCCUAGCUGCUAUUCAAGCGAGCUCAUGGGUACCAUCAAAGAUUGUCUGAGAGUCAACCCCGAUCACCGCCCGGACACUGCACAGCUUCUCAACCUCCCGGUCGUCCGACUGAUGCGCAAAGAGAGGGAGGUCGUCGAGCUCAACAAGGUCAUCAAAGCCAAGGAGGAUGCGCUGGCGCGUCGGGUGAAGGAGUUGGAUGAGAAGACUGCUGCCUUUGAGGCCGACAAGGCCGCCGUCAGGCAAGAAGUAGACAGCUCGCUGCGGAGAGAAUGGGAGGUCAAGGCCCGCCUUGAGAUCGACCGCCAGAUCAACUCGGAAAUCGAAGCCCUCCGCAAGCGAUUCGAGAGCGAAGUGCAGUCUCGCGUCGAGGCAGAGCUGCAGAGAAAGACGGCCAGCAUGACCAUCGAAUCCGCCCAGGCGCACGACCUCGACAGUUCUCUGACCAAGUCCGAGUACCCGCGAUCAUCGGUCGGCAACGGCAGCGUCGAUGAGGAACUGUCGACGUCGACGGACCUCACCGACAUCUCGACCGACAGCCCUAUCGCGAAUAAGAAGGCCACUCGCACGCCCUUCGGCCGAGCCCAGACCAUGUUUGUUGGCGGCAUGGGUACUCCCAUGGACAUCGAGAUGGCAUCUCCAUCGCCCAUCAACAUUGCUUCCCUGUCGCUUUCUCCUCGACGCACCGCCGCCACCAGAGUACCGAACCUUAACAGCGGUAACAUCUUCUCCGAGAACGCCGGCGCGUCGAGCGAUCCCAUGUGGGACCUUCAUCGCGAUACCAUCUGCAUCGACUCGGACGACGAGGACGUCGUUCCCUCGCCGACGCGCAACAUCAAGUCGAGACAGAAUCCCUUCACAUCCAAGGACCGCCCUGUCCUGACGUCUCAGAAGUCGGUUCCCAUUUCGCGAGUCAAGCCUCAGUUCUCGGCGAACGGCCUGAACCAAAAUAAGACGCUGCCCACGCUGCCCAACAUGGCCUCGAACCCCGACUUGGGCCGUGGCGUCCGCGAGCGAGGUCAGUCACCCAGCCGCCGGCUGAGUAAGAUUCCUUCGGCGGCGAACUUGACGGCUACGAGCGGCGGCGAAUCCCCGGGCGGUCUUUCCCGCAAGAACUCAACCAAGAAGGACCAGGAGCCCCUUGGCAAGCUCGCUGCGAAGAACAACAUCAAGGGCAGGACGCUGGUUGAACUCCAGCAGGCCCGAGCAGGCGGCCGCCCCCUCUCGGCCGUCAUGUCUGGCGGCGAGAACAUCAGUCCUAAGAGGGCGUUCAAGGACCGCAUCGCGGAGCGCCGGGCCAGCGGCGGCGAGCCUGCUGCAGUUUGGGAUCCUGAGCGGGAUGAGAUGCCCAGUCCUUUCUUGGUGCGGCGCAAGCCCAUGGCCAGAGUCUAA